AUGAGAGAAUAUCGUGGAGGCAUCUGUGAGGUCUUUGGUGUAGAUAUUGAGCACGUGCUUCAGAACGAGAAGCUGAAAAAAAUUGCGCAAGUGAAAAACAGACAGGAUCCCAACAUCAAGCGCGUGUUAAAAGUUUGUUACAAAGACGAGACCGAGGAAGGAAAUGUGGCCGCAAGUCAUUUCUUAACAGAGGUGGUGCUUCUAGCCGGGCUCAAACAUCCGUUUAUCAUGAGCAUGGAGGCCGUGGGUUCAUUUCCCAAAUAUUUUGGAUUUGUGAUGCCAUUCUACGAGCAGGGCACACUGACCAUGGCGCUGCCAAUGAUGACGCAUGAGUUGAGAGAUGAAUGGUUGGUGCAGCUUUGCUGUGGAAUCAAGUUUCUUCACGACAGAGGAGUCGCUCAUAGGGACUUGAAAACUGACAACAUUCUACUCACUAGUAAAAAUAAUGUGGUCAUCGCUGAUUUCGGUUUAGGGAACUACGCGUCUUCCACUGGACACUUAGUUACCACUAUAAAGGGGACAUACAUGUAUAUAUCCCCUGAACAGUGGAUAUCACAGAAAUUCGAUUGCUUUAAAUGUGACUUGUACGCCCUUGGAGUCGUCUACUGGUGUAUGUUUUACAAGACGAAUGUCAUAGAGCUGCAGCCCAAGGAUCCACUUCUAACGAUAGUUUCACAAACAUUCAACGAUCCAGCAAUUGACAGGGAAAUUUUGUUCUGUCUCUUGGAAGAGGACCCUGCAAAGAGAUUUUCAGUGCUGAGUUUGAUCAAUUUACUGAGCGACUCAGAACGUUUUGAUCACAGAAUUAAACUGCUAAGAGUGGCACUGAGAAACUACGAUAAUGAGAAUACAACUGAUGAAAAAACUAUCGAUGAAGACAAAGCAAUGGUCAAAGGGUCGCUCUCUGAUUUUAUCUGGAAACUCGCAGCCACCUUCGUCGCCGUGAUAGUGCUCGGCGUUAUCGUCAUUGCGGUCUGGGACUUGAAGUCAUUGAAUAGAAUGUACAAUACUUUUCAUUCGUCUAGUCCAGAAAGUAAGCCCAACCAGGAGGAUGUCAUAGCAUCGGAAGUAUAG